CAUGAGUGUGCUGAGACCAUUCAAGGCGACUGACAUGUUCAAGUUCAACCACAUCAAUUUGGACCUCUGGACAGAGACGUAUGGCAUCAACUUCUACCUAUCCUACCUUGCCCGCUGGCCCGACCUGUGCUCGGUGGAAGAAUCGCCUAACGGGCGCCUUAUGGGUUACAUUCUGGGCAAAGCCGAAGGGGCCGGCACCGAAUGGCACGGGCAUGUCACUGCGCUCUCUGUCGCCCCAGAAUACCGCCGGCUAUGCCUGGCGCGCAAGAUGACGGCUCAGCUGGAGCGUGUAUCCGACGAGACAUACCACGGGUUCUUCGUCGACCUCUAUGUCCGCUGCACCAAUGCCAUUGCCAUCGGAAUGUACGAGGGCCUCGGCUAUAGCGUCUACCGUCGGGUGAGGGAGUACUAUGGGAGUCUCGGCCUCGGGCGCAAUUCCAAGGAUGAGGAGGAUGCAUUUGACAUGCGAAAACCGCUUUCAAGAGACUCACUGCGACGGUCAGUGCGGAGUAAUGGGCGGGAGAUUGUCGUAAGCGCACACGAUGUAUCAUAAUUGCUCUUCAUUCCUUGUUUCCUUGCAACAUGGGUUAUUCGUUCCCUC